AUUCAACACCUUGGCCGCGCACCUGUUGCAUUACAACAGGUGCGAUGUUAAUACGUUGAGUCAUCCGACGGGUCCAUCCGUUAGCUCUCAUGCUGCAGUGGGCUGCAGCAUGAGAGCUAACGUCAGCAUGAGUCUUCUUACUGGAGCGGAGCUUCACGCUACAAUCUUCAUGUCGACAGUCAAAGCUGGAGCCCAUCUGGAACGGGAUGAGUAGGACAUGUUACGUCAACGCUCAAUCCAUUCAUGUACGGGGAGUCACCAACUGUUUGCCUCCGAGGCCUCGUUCAACUUCCCGUUCCCCCACCUGCCCUCCGUCACACUGAGCACGACACAAAGGAGAGUCCCCCAGCUGUUGUGUUGUGAGGUUGGGCGGUGAGGAGGAGGAGAGGGACGCUUCUUUCUCCGCCCCCAGGAACACACCAGACACUCCGAACAGGCGGCAGGCGAGCCGGCUCUCCAUUCACUGCAGCGUCGCUGCGCGGAGCUCUCCAAAGGGACACGACUCUGAGGCGGAAGCAGCGCGGAGUCCGGCUGGACUAAAAGCUAACUGGGAACGUGAGAACCUGCAGCGACCAUCUACUUCCACAAGCCCUCAUCACCAGUUGCCAGAUAGUGAAGUGGUCUCCUCUGGGACUGAACCGGAUCCCAGACCACCCGCUGGCUGCGGGCCUCAGCUCGACCAUGGUUCUGUGCGAGGACGGCGAGUGCAGCGUCUGCCUCUCGCCCUUCUCGCGCUCGGACCGGAUCCCCCGGGUGCUCCACUGCAGACACACCUUCUGCGAGCCGUGCCUGGAGACCAUGUCGCAGGCCAGGAACGGGCUGCUCACCGUGGGCUGCCCUUUGUGUCGCCGGGUGACCUGCGUGGGGCGCGGCCUCAGCCUGCAGGAGGCCCUGUGGGUCAACAGCAAGCUGUGGGACCGGAUACCCGAGGACGCGGAGGAGGAGGAGGAGGAGGAGGAGGAGGAGGAGGAGGAAGACGGACGGAAACAAGUCGUGCAGGAGGAAGGGAUGGAGGCUGAACAACGACCCUCGCCGCAGGCAGAAUGUGCGUCCUCCAGGUCCAACGGAACCAACGGAACCAACGGAACCAGACUCAAGCUGCCCGCCUUCUUCCGGAGGUUCAGUCUGGCGAAGCGACACCCAGAGAGCAUCGUUCCUGGCAGCAACGUGGAAAUGAAAUCCUGGCGCAGGCUUUCCACUGAAGACGCUCUUUAGAAGACUCUCCACGGGAGGGCGUGGCCGUUAGCUCCGAGAAUCCACGCGUGUCCCUGUCACGACAUUGUCUCCCCAUUAUUUAUUCCAGGCUUAAUCUCCCAGCUGGUGCUCUGGGAUUUGGUUCAGCUGUCCCAGUGGGACUCGCACCCCGG